AAGAACUAUUAGAUUCAGAAAAUACCCAAGAAUUAAAUAAUACUGAAAAUGAACUUAUUAACUAUGAAUUAAAUGAUUAUAUAAAAAAUAAUGAUCUAAAAGAUAAUAACGAACUUAUUACAGAAGAUAACAAUAACCUUAUUACGGAAGAAGAAGAACAAUGGAAUAUAUUAAUUGAUGAAUGGUCAGCUAUAAGUGAACAAGAAAAUAUAAAUGAAGAACAAGAAAGUAGCGAAUUAAAUGAAAUAACUCAUCCAGCUGAUAAUAGAAAUGCUAAAUAG